AGCCUAUUUAAAUGAACCUGAGGUUAUGUGACUGUGUUACAUCGAGUUUGAUAUUGUUUUCAUUGUGAAGUGUUGAUUAGUUCUGUAUUACUUCGAAGUUUAAAUAAUUAUUAAUAUACUUUAGAAAUGUUGAAUUUUGGUUAUAAUGCUAGAAGAUAUAUUUAUGUUUUCAUAUUUACUAUGCCUCUUACUUAGUACUGAUGUUACAUAGGAAAAUAAGAGUUAAAAAAUAUUUGCCUGAUGUGUACAUUUGUGGAAGAAAAUUUAAUUCUAGAAAAUGGCUGCUCUGUUUGACCCAAAUGACAGAAGCAGUUGGUAUUUUGGUCAAAUGUCAAGGCAAGAUGCCACUGAUCUUUUAAUGGGAGAAAAGGAAGGUGGCGUAUUUCUUGUCCGUGAUAGUAUCUCAAUUCAUGGUGAUUAUGUUCUUUGUGUAAGGGAAGAUAGUAAAGUAAGCCAUUAUAUUAUCAACAAAAUUCAGCAGAAUGAUCAAAUUAAGUACAGAAUUGGUGAUCAAACAUUUAAUGAUUUGCCCAGUUUGCUAUCUUUCUAUAAAUUGCACUAUUUAGAUACUACACCUCUAAUUCGACCAGCACCAAAGAGAGUUGAAAAAGUGAUAGCUAAAUUUGACUUCAAUGGAAGUGAUCAAGAUGAUUUACCGUUUAAGAAAGGUGAUAUUUUAACAAUUAUUUCUAAAGAUGAAGAUCAGUGGUGGACAGCCAAAAACAGUGCUGGUUUAAUGGGAUCAAUACCAGUUCCCUAUAUUCAAAAGUAUAAUGACCAAGAUGUACUAGCAGAUCUUGGUUCUUCAUUUGUUGAUAAUAGUCCUCCUAGUGGAAGUCAUGUAGAACCUAUAAGAAGAUCUAAUGUUCAGAGGAAGCUUCCUGCGUUUGCGAAAGUAAAACAGGCCAGAGUUCCAAAUGCUUAUGACAAGACAGCUUUAAAGCUAGAAAUUGGUGAAAUAAUAAAAGUUACAAAAAUGAAUAUAAAUGGACAGUGGGAAGGUGAACUUAAGGGAAAAACUGGACAUUUUCCGUUUACUCAUGUUGAAUUCAUAGAUAAUGAAAUGUGAAUGCUGCAAUUUUUUUAACAAAUAGUACAAACAUAAUUCAUGGCUAUUGUUCAUUAUUGGUGCUCUAAUGAAAAUUUUAUUAAUGCACUUCUGCUAUUUAUAAAACAUAUUAUUAUUUUUUGUAAAGCAUUAAACUUAUGUUAUUCAAUUUACAUCUUUAGAAAAAUAGUUUUUACUUUUAAUUUUAUAUAUCCUCAUUUAUGUCUGUACAUAUGUAAAAAAUCAUUGGAAAUAUUAAGUAUAUUUGUGUGUGUAAGUAUGUAUGUUUGUAUGUAGAAGGUCCCAUAUAAUCAUUCUGUCUAUGCACGGUUUAAUGUUAUUCUUUAGCUCUUGUAAUUAUAUCAAAGGAUAAUGUAAUAUGCUUAAAAGGAUUUGGCUUACCCAAAUAUUAUUUAUUGAGAUUGGAAUGUUGUCGUUAGAAGUAGUAAUUUAUCUUUCAACUGACCAUUUUAAAUUUUAUUUGUUUGUUAAUGAAAUCAUUUUUAGCAUAUAGAAUCUUACCAACAUUUCAAAUUUAUCUUUCAAAUAAAAAUUUGAUUAUAAUAGAGUAAAUAGAUUUUAAUUUUUUCUUAUUGAACAUGAGGUUUUUAUUAUUUUAUUUAUUCACUGUUUUGAUUUGAUUCUGUGUAAAAUAAUGUUAUCUAAAUAAACAUUCCAUAAAAUUAAUUAUUGGAAUUUUAUCAUCUUUUAAAUUUCCAAAUGAGAUACUUGAUAUAUUUGAGAUUUUCUAAUUUCAAAUAUAUCUCCAAGCCUUGGAUGAAUUAAGAGAUACAAUUUUUGAAUUGUUGCCAAUGCUAUACUCAUACUGGACAAUGCAACAUAAUCAUUUUGAUUCAAUCUUUAUUUAUUAGAGAGAGAGAGAGUGCCUGUU